GCCGAUCCAGUCAGGCGACGCUUUCGGAGACCAGAAGACCCAACGAGGACGCUUCCACAGGAUACGCUGCGUGGGAGACCGGAUACUGUGACCGAGUGCUGUGAAGUGCCGUAAAGAAGUGUCUCGAGAUGGGACUGAAUUCACGGGAAAAUAAUUAUAAAUCCUCGGGAGAAUUUUCGAUUCGUUUUACAUUUUGAUUCGCUAAUAUAGCCUCGCUAACUCCGUGUCGAUAAAAAGAGCAUACAGACAGACACACCAGAAAUAACUACCAGAAUGCGCCCACGGUCAUCGAGAACACACAUCAACUAGAUAUGACUUAGAACAAAGCUCAAUCGAAGUGUGUGAAGUGUGAAGCAGCGUGGAGUGUGAGGGUGCGGCGGCGGCGUCUGAACCGAAGAUGGGGCCGAAGAGCCAAUCUAUCCCCAUACUGGAAACGAGGGGGAACUACGUGGAAACGACGCCACUACUGAACCAGGGUAGUUAUCCGCGCCUGUACAAUUACCCAGCGGACAAUCCGACGCACACGUUCCUCAAGAAGCGAUGCCGAGUUCGAGAGCGUCUUGGGUUCAUCCUGAAGAACGUGACUGUAGAACCUUUCAUGUUGUUGAACGUCUUGUCUUGGACGCUGCAGACCACGCUCGUGACGAACCUCGUGCUUGAAAAGGUAUGCGAGAGGCGUCACAACCACACCGAGUGUCAGAACAUCACCGCCCUCGGGACUCCUGAAGAAGGCGCCAUCCAGAGGGAGGCCACCUGGCUCCUGAUGGUGCAGGAGCUCGUGGCCAACCUCCCCGCCGUCCUCUACGUCCUCGUGCUGGGUUCCUGGAGCGACAAGUACGGGCGGAAACUACCCAUGUUACUGCCCUUUGUCGGGAGUUUCUUGGCCACUGUCAUAUACAUGACGAACGCCCUGCUGUGGUGGCUCCCGGCGGAACUCGUGGUCCUGGCCGGCAUCCCCCGGGGUCUGAGCGGCGGCCUCAUCACCCUCUUGAUGGCCACCUACUCGUACGUGUCCGACCUCUCGGGCCUCCAGUCCCGCACGCUCCGCAUCGCCUUCCUGGACUUCACGAUGUUCGUCGGCGCGCCCGUCGGCCUCUUCCUCAGCAGCGUCAUCUUCUCCCGCUUCGGAUACGUGGGCGUGUUCAGCAUCAGCGGCGCGGGGUUCCUCCUCAGCGUCCUGUACAUCGUCCUUCGCAUCGAGGACACCCGCUCGCACCACGGGGCCAAGUGUGACAUGGUGCGCGACCUCUUCGACCUGACCAACGUCCGCGCCACGCUGACUGUGGCCACCAAGCGGAGGAAGGACCAUGGACGGGCCAAGAUCUUCGCGCUGAUGUUCGCCAUGUGUCUCUUGCUGUUCGUUAUUGGUGGAGCGCAUUUAGAAUACCUGUUCGUCAAGAAGAAAUUUAAUUGGACUUAUGAGCAAUUCGUCAAUUUGAGUAUAUUUGACAUCGUGUUUGGGAGCGUGGGGACCUCUAUGCUGUUGCCUAUCCUGAGUUACAAAUUCGGAAUGGAAGACAGCAUUUUAGGGUUGCUGGGGUGUGCGAGUAAGAUCUCAGGCCUGGUGCUCAUGGCCCUCAGCCCCUCCUCGUGGUAUAUGUAUGUCGCUUCGGUCGUGUCGUUCCUGGCCGGUCUGCCGCUCAUCGUGACGCGUUCGGUGAUCAGCAAACUCGUACCGGAAGACGAAGUCGGAGCCGUUUUCUCCCUCUUGGCUUCUUGGGAGGCGCUUGUUCCCCUUUUCUCGGGUCCUGUCUACACUUUCGUCUACGCUCAUACCAUCGACGUCUUCCCGGGAGUCAUCUACUUCGUCAGUUCGGGAGCGACGGCCAUCGCUGCUUUGAUAUACCUCAUCAUCUCUAUGACAAGAAGCAGCAUUUAAUAUAAGGUUAAAAUAAAUGAUAUAUAUAUAUAAACUUUUAUAUUAGUUACCGCUAAAUAUACGAAAGAGAAUGGAACAUAAUAGUA